UCUAAAGACCAACAAAACAUUCACUAAUUACUCGCCAUUGUACAGUUUCUUUAAUUCUCUCUCUCUACCUGUCAUCUCUCCUUUUCCACUCUUCAGUGCCAUGCCCACCAAUGCUAAUUAUUACCUCAAAACCCACCAAUCCACUUGCGAAUCUCCGUUUUCUACCAAUCCUCCGGCGCAGUUCGUUUCCUUGCAAAUUUCUGACCGACCCUUGUACAGUUUUCUUCUGAUUAUCCUGCCAUUUUUGUUGUUUUUCUGCUUCUCGAGCUCUGUUAAUGGAGACGAACAGUAAGUUUCAGAAGAAGAGGAAAUGGUUUCUUCCCUUGGUGUUUUCUCUGCUUUUGACAGCUUUGGUAGUUUUCAUCACGGUUUUCACUUCGCCCCAUUUCUUCUCUUCCCAACUCUACCGCAACCGUCUCAAAAAUCGGAUUCCCCACUUCGUUGAAUCGAAGCUAACGGUAUCGGAAGCUUCCGGCGAUCCAGUUCCUCGCCUGGCAUACUUGAUCUCCGGCUCCACGGGCGACGGCAAGAGCUUGAAGAGAGCUCUGAAAGCUCUGUACCAUCCGAGGAAUCAGUACGCGGUGCAUUUGGAUUUGGAGGCGCCGGUGGCGGAGCGGCUGGAGUUGGCUGAUUUUGUGAAGAACGAGCCGGUGUUUAAGAGCGUGGGGAAUGUGAGGAUGGUUUCGAGGGCGAAUUUGGUUACCUAUAGAGGGCCAACGAUGGUCAGCAAUACGCUUCACGCGGCUGCGAUUCUGUUGAAGGAAGGCGGCGACUGGGACUGGUUUAUUAAUCUCAGUGCUUCCGAUUACCCUCUGGUCACUCAAGAUGAUCUGCUUCAUUCUCUGAUAUCCAUUCCAAGAAAUCUGAACUUCAUUGAACAUACCAGUGACAUUGGAUGGAAGGAGUACCAGAGAGCCAAACCGGUUAUAAUUGAUCCGGGUUUGUAUAGCCUCCAUAAAUCAGAUGUUUUUUGGGUCUCGGAGAAACGGAGCGUUCCAACAGCUUAUAAACUGUUCACAGGUUCUGCGUGGAUGAUGCUCUCUCGCCCCUUCAUAGAAUACUGUUUAUGGGGCUGGGACAAUCUCCCAAGAAUAGUCCUCAUGUAUUAUGCCAACUUCCUCUCGUCUCCAGAAGGCUAUUUCCACACUGUCAUUUGCAAUGCCGACGAGUUUCGCAACACCACGGUCAACCACGACCUCCAUUUCAUCUCGUGGGACAAUCCCCCGAAGCAACAUCCCCAUUUCCUCAACCUCAUUGACUUCCAACGUUUGGUAGACAGCAAUGCACCCUUCGCUCGGAAGUUUGGCCACGACGAUCCAGUCCUCGACAAGGUCGACUCGGACUUGCUCGGUUGCAAUGCUGAUGGAUACUUUCCUGGCAGUUGGUUUGAUUUGAUCGGAAAUAACAGUACUUCCCACAUGCACAACGUAACAAACACCACUGAACUGAAGCAAGGACCUGGCGCCGAAAGGCUGAAGCACCUGAUCCACGGUUUGCUAACAGCACCUGAUUUUGACACUUCACAUUGCGUGUAGCACCGACGAGGUUCGAGAUCGAUGGCGGGACGAGCGGGAGAGUGUAUAGUUAAUAGCAUCAUAGAGCAGACAACAAAGCUAAAGGGAAGGGAGAGUCACACUGGCUUUCUGGAAAACAUGCUUUGGCUUAGAUUCUUAUAUAAAAAAGGUACAAUAAUUCUGUAGUUCAAUAGUCAGCAGCGGAGCUGGUUUUCUUUUGACAGACGUAGUUUUUAUGAUUGGUCAUAUAGAGAUGUCAUUGCAUUAGACUUUAUCAAUGUAACUGAUGCAAUGUGCUGGCCAAUUGGCUGAGUAGUUAGUUAAUUUUCUUUUACAUGUACUAUUAUCCAAAGUAAAAAAGUUAUAAUUAGUUUCAAGUUUCAA